AUGGAGCAGGAAAGGAAGAAGAAGUUAUAUGUAUGGCAAGUGCCUCCAGAACUAAGAGGAAAUACCAGACUUAACAUUUCGGAUAAUUUAAAGAUUGGCUUUUUCACCACAGAUCAUGCUACUCAAACAGAUCCCAGUGAAAUUUUGUCAAUAAAAGAGUUGAGUUCAGCUACACAAAAACUAGUGCAGAUUGUUAAAUCCCUUCAAGUGGACUUUGGGUUCCUCAAACAAUUGCUUCAAUUGCAGUUUGAGGACCGACUGAAAGAGGAGGCUUUCAAUCUCUUCAGUGUUCUACAUGACAGAAUCGCAUCAAUCGAGAAACAUUAUCAACAGAGUGAGGAGAGGAUGAGAAAAUGCUUCAAUCAGCAGUUAGCUGAUGCCAUAGCUAUUACCAAAGGAAUGUACACGGUGGGUUUUUAG